AGAUGAUCAAGAUGAUGCUUGCUGUCGUUGGAGUUUUUAUUUUCUGUUGGCUUCCAUUCAAUCUUUUCAUGCUCCUUGGCAUUGAUGCCACGUCAGAUGAGCUUCUACCUUACCUUUGGUUCGCAUUUCACUGGUUGGCAAUGUCGCACAGUUGCUACAAUCCACUUAUUUAUUGUUAUAUGAAUCAAAGAUUCCGAAGUGGCUUCAUUACUAUCCUUCACCGAAUUCCUGGCUUUGAAAAGUUUUGUUCCAAGCGCUUUAGAGGUAUGGAAGAAAGCUCCCAUUUACAUAGAAUCAACACGAGUACCAUGUACAUCAGCGCAAGGCGAAAGCAACAAAUUACUGGGAAAACUCCUCAGAAAACAGAGACAAGCUGUUUCUGCGAGGAAACCACAUUACAGAGAUGAUAUGCCGAGGAAAUAAGCGAUGAAGAUGG